CAGAAUUGCGUACAGAUCAGCAAGGAGGCCUCGUCGGCGACCCAACUCACCCUUUCCGAUUACAAUUUGCAUCCGUCCCGUGUGACGUAUUCCGCUGAAAGCCUUGAAGCCCUCAACGACAGCCGCUGUCAAUCCCUGAACGGCCUUUUCGGGUAAUCGUAUAGUUACCGUAGAGGAUUGCGUGAUUUCAUUCCCGAAAAAGCAUCAUGUUUACCACAGCAGUAAAGUAUCUUGGUACAAAACCAAAACCAGCAAUGAAGGCAAUAGAGCCUAGAUUUCGGCCAGAGCAGAAUCAAACCAUCACAAGGGCUGUUUUUGACAUCCUAAAGGAGCACGGUCCUCUCACUGUCGCCCAGACAUGGGAACGUGUCCAGGAAGUUGGUGUAAAAGAAUUGACAAGCAAGACACAGAUGAAGACUGUGUUGAGAUGGAUGAAGGAGAGGCAGAAGCUUAAGCAAAUAUGCAACCAUGUGGGUCCCAACAAGCAGUUCCUGUACACAACCUGGUUCACGAAACCAUCGACUGUCUCACAGGCAAGAUCCCAAUCGAAGUCAUCUUGAACUUGAUGGACUGCAAUGGUCGUCUAUGCCCUUAGAUCCGCAUGAUAUUCUGCUUUUGUGCCUUAGAAGUAUGACUUGCAUGGCACCAUGUUGCAGCCCAAUGCAAAACAGUUUUAGAGAUCAGUUAUGACACAUAAUAAGCUUGCAUUUGGAUAAUUGUUCCUUGCUACUCAUUUUGCCUUUUUGAUCUUUCCCAUCUGAUGCUUGGAUUUUCUUUUGUUCAGUAUUACUUUCUGUCUUGAAGUACAUGAAAUGUAAUCACUCAUCAAUUG